GCGUCAAUUUUCCUACCUUAGUCUAUGAACUUUGAUGAUAUGCACUUAUCAGUCUUGACAAAAAUAAGAGUUGAUGAACCAUCCCGCCAAGCGAAAAUUCUAACACAGGGGUUUUAGGCUUUCAGAACUCAUUCUUCCUUCUUACUCCAAAACCCUAGAAACCAGAAACCCUCACUCUCUCUCCUCAGUGAUUCCACAAUGAGCUACGCAGCAUACAAGAUGAUGCACUGGGCAACCGGCAUCGAAAACUGCGCUUCUGGUUACCUCACUCACUCCAUUGCUGAUUCCACAGCUCAAUUCAUCCCUACACUUCCCUCCGACGACCUCGACUCUGAUUGGCCUAGGAAUCCGGGCAUUGGUCCUAUCCCUAAUCUAAUUGUUUCCGCCGCCAAUGUUCUCGAGGUUUACAUCGUUCGCCUUCAGGAAACCAAUGCUGCUUCUGAUGCUAAGCGUGGCGGUCUUAUGGCUGGUGUUUCCGGUGCUUCUUUGGAGCUUGUUUGCCACUAUAGGUUGCAUGCUAACAUUGAAUCGAUGGCUGUACUCUCAAUUGGUGGCUCUGACAGUUCUAGAAGAAGAGAUUCUAUCAUAUUAGCAUUUCGAGAUGCAAAAGUUUCCGUCUUGGAGUAUGAUGACUCGACUCAUAGUCUUCGUGCAAGCUCUUUGCAUUGUUUUGAGGGUCCAGAUUGGCUUCAUCUGAAAAGGGGAAGAGAAUCCUUUGCAAGAGGCCCUUUGGUGAAAGUUGAUCCUCAAGGAAGGUGCGGCGGAGUUCUUGUUUAUGAUCUGCAAAUGCUAAUACUUAAGACUGUUCAGGCUGGUACAGGUUUAGUCGGGGAUGAUGAAAGCUUUGGUUCUGGAGGUGCAGCAUCUGCUCGCAUUGAAUCGACAUAUUUGAUUAAUCUAAGGGAGUUGGACAUCAAGCAUGUAAAAGAUUUUGUAUUUGUUCAUGGAUAUAUUGAGCCUGUGCUGGUAAUUCUUCAUGAGCGGGAGCUUACUUGGGCGGGGAGGAUCCCAUGGAAGCACCACACUUGCAUGCUUUCAGCCCUUAGUAUCAACACAACGAUGAAGCAACAUCCCCUUAUAUGGUCUGCUACGAAUCUGCCACAUGAUGCGUACAAGCUGCUUGCAGUUCCUUCUCCAAUUGGCGGUGUUCUUGUAAUAUCCACUAAUGCUAUUUAUUAUCACAGCCAGUCGAUGUCAUGUGCUCUGGCUGUGAACACUUUUGCAGUUUCAGCUGAUGGCAGCCAAGAGAUGCCAAGAUCGAGUUUUACUGUGGAGCUUGAUACUGCCCAUGCAACAUGGUUGGCCAAUGAUGUUGCCAUGCUGUCAACUAAAACUGGUGAACUACUUUUGCUGACUCUUGUUUAUGAUGGAAGGGUUGUGCAGAGGCUUGACCUUGUGAAGUCCAGAGCUUCUGUGCUUACAUCGGAUAUAACAACUAUUGGAAACUCUUUGUUCUUUCUGGGAAGCCGCUUGGGAGAUAGCUUGCUUGUGCAAUAUACUUCUGGAAGUGCUCCUACAGCCUCUGUAUCUUCUGUGAAGGAAGAGGUUGGGGAUAUUGAGGUUGAUGCCCCGUCAACGAAACGGCUACGGCGCUCAUCAUCAGAUGCUCUACAAGAUAUGGUUGGUGGUGAGGAACUUUCUUUAUAUGGCUCAACUCCUAACAAAGCAGACUCUACACAGAAAUCUUUCUCAUUUGCAGUAAGGGACUCAUUGAUAAAUAUUGGUCCUUUGAAGGAUUUCUCAUAUGGUUUAAGGAUCAAUGCAAACCCCAAUGCCACUGGAAUUGCUAAACAGAGUAAUUAUGAAUUGGUUUGUUGUUCUGGACAUGGGAAGAAUGGAGCGCUUUCUGUUCUUCAGCGCUCAAUUCGCCCAGAAAUGAUUACUGAGGUCGAGUUGCCUGGAGUUAAAGGUAUAUGGACUGUCUAUCACAAGAGUUCUCGCAAUCAUAAUUCUGAUGCAUCCAAGAUAGCUUCCGAGGAGGACGAAUAUCAUGCAUAUUUGAUCAUAAGCUUAGAGGCACGAACAAUGGUCCUUGAAACUGCUGAUCUUCUCGGUGAAGUUACUGAAAGUGUUGACUAUUAUGUUCAAGGGAGUACAAUUGCUGCAGGGAAUUUAUUUGGAAGGCGUCGUGUUAUCCAGAUCUAUGCUCGUGGUGCCCGAAUCUUAGAUGGGUCGUACAUGACCCAGGAGCUAAAUUUUGGACCUAAUAGCACAGAAUCAGGUUCUGGGACUGACAGCGUAACCGUUUCAGCAGUAUCAAUUGCUGAUCCUUUUGUAUUACUAAAGAUGAGUGACGGUAGUAUCCAGCUUCUUGUUGGAGAUUCUUCUAACUGCACUGUGUCCAUUAAUGUUCCUUCAGUAUUUGAAGGUUCAAAGAAAUCAAUCUCUGCAUGCACUCUGUAUAAUGAUAGGGGUCCUGAGCCAUGGCUCCGGAAGGCCAGUACAGAUGCUUGGCUUUCAACUGGAGUUGGUGAGGCUAUUGAUGCUUCAGAUGGGGUGCCACAUGAUGGAGAUAUCUAUUGUAUCACAUGUUAUGACAAUGGCACCCUUGAAAUAUUUGAUGUACCAAGUUUUAAAUGUGUUUUCUCUGUGGAAAAAUUCAUCUCUGGAAAGGCCCAUCUUAUUGAUUCACAUGUGAAAGAAUCACUACUAGAACUUCAUGAGAUCUCCGAGGAUCCGGUUAGUCAGGGCAGAAAAGAGAAUGUGCAGAACAUUAAGGUUUCUGAGGUGGCAAUGCAUAGAUGGGCAGGACAGCACAGCCGCCCUUUUCUAUUUGGAAUUCUGACAGAUGGAACUAUUCUUUGUUAUCAUGCAUAUGUAUUUGAGGCUCAGGAAAAUGCUAAAAAUGAAGAUUCCAAAGGAGGAAAAGAUUCGAGUACUCUUGAUAGUGUAAGUUCCUCUAGGCUGCGAAAUUUGAGGUUUCUCCGCAUGCCGUUGGAUAUGCACACACGGGAGGAAGUGCCCGCAGAAGGUGCCCUGCCACGUAUUUCCAUUUUCAAGAAUGUUGGUAGUCAUCAGGGAUUUUUUAUUUCUGGGAUGAGACCAGCUUGGUUUAUGGUUUUCAGGGAGCGCUUGCGUGUUCAUCCACAGCUAUGUGAUGGACCCAUUGCCGCUUUCACAGUUCUCCACAAUGUCAAUUGCAAUCAUGGAUUUAUAUAUGUGACCUCACAGGGGUUUCUUAAAAUCUGUCAGCUGCCAUCUGGACUGAGUUAUGACAAUCACUGGCCUGUGCAAAAGAUGCCACUGAAGGGCACUCCACAUCAAGUCACUUAUUUUGCGGAGAAGAAUUUAUACCCACUUAUCGUUUCGUUUCCUGUUAUAAAGCCAUUAAAUCAGAUUCUUUCUUCAUUAGUUGAUCAAGAAACUGGCCAUCAGAUUGAUCAUGACAAUCUUAGUUCUGAUGAGCUACAAAAGACUUACACGACAGAUGCAUUUGAAAUUCGGAUCUUGGAGCCAGAAAAAUCUGGCGGAGUUUGGCAAACUAAAGCUACUAUUCCUAUGCAAAGUUCAGAAAAUGCUCUCACUGUGCGAAUGGUUACCCUCCUAAACACAACCACUAAGGAAAAUGAAACCCUGUUAGCUAUUGGGACAGCUUAUGUGCAAGGGGAAGAUGUGGCUGCAAGAGGACGGGUGCUCUUAUAUUCCCUGGGGAAAUCAGACAAUCCUCAAAAUUUGGUUUCAGAAAUAUACUCCAAGGAAUUGAAGGGUGCCAUAUCUGCAUUAGCUUCACUUCAGGGUCAUUUGCUAAUAGCCGCUGGCCCCAAAAUUAUCUUGCACAAAUGGACUGGUACAGAGUUGAAUGGUGUGGCGUUUUUUGAUCCACCUCUGCAUGUUGUGAGCUUAAACAUUGUUAAAAAUUUUAUUCUCCUUGGAGACAUUCACAAGAGUAUAUAUUUUCUUAGUUGGAAGGAACAAGGUUCUCAACUUAGCUUGUUAGCUAAGGAUUUUGCAUCACUUGAUACUUUUUCAACUGAGUUUCUGAUUGAUGGGAGCACACUCAGCCUUGUAGUUGCAGAUGAACAGAAGAAUGUUCAGAUUUUCUACUAUGCACCAAAGGUUUCUGAGAGUUGGAAAGGACAGAAGCUUCUUUCAAGAGCUGAGUUUCAUAUUGGUGCCCAUGUGACGAAGUUCCUGCGAUUGCAAAUGCUUCCCGCUUCAUCUGAUAGACCCAAUGCUACUCCAGGCCCCGAUAAAACUAAUAGAUACGCUUUGUUAUUUGGUACUCUUGAUGGAAGCGUGGGCUGUAUCGCACCUCUUGAUGAGCUAUCAUUUCGGAGGCUGCAAUCGUUGCAGAGAAAGCUUGUUGAUGCUGUUCCUCAUGUUGCUGGGCUAAAUCCUAAGUCUUUUCGCCAGUUCCAAUCAAUUGGUAGGGCACAUCGCCCUGGGCCUGACAACAUUGUUGACUGUGAGCUGCUCUGCCAUUAUGAAAUGUUACCACUGGAAGAACAACUAGACAUUGCCCACCAGAUUGGGACCACUAGAUCCCAAAUAUUUUCCAAUCUGAAUGACCUUUCUUUAGGGACAAGCUUUCUGUAAAAGCAUGGUAUUGUAGCUUACUGAGAGAAUGCUGCCAACAAUUAGAGGAGCUGACUCUGGCUAUAUCUGCUAGAGGGUACUGUAAAUUCUUUCUGCCCCCCUCCCCCUUUUUGUCUGUAUUGUACUUUCUUCAAUUUCCAAUUAUAACUGAGUUACAAUAGUUAGUUUCGCUGUAAAUUGCUGUUAUCGUCUGUUUGUAUUGUACAUGUUCGUCUGGUUUAAUGAAAUAUGAUUAAGGUUUGUAAAA